AUGAGUGAAGUAUUGGGUUUACGUCAUUCUCAUGAGGCUUGGUGCGCUCUUGAAGUCUCAUUCUUGUACCGGUCGAAGACUUGUGAACUGCAACUCAAGGAUGAACUCCAACUGAUGCAACGCGGCUCUCAGUUUGUUGUUGAGUUUUCCCAUACCUUCAAAGGUCUUUGUGAUCAAUUGGCUGCGAUCGGUCAUUCCAUUGACAACACAGAUAAAGUUCACUGGUAUUUACGAGCAUUGGGGCCCGACUACAAGAUCUUCUUCACCACCAUGAUGUCACAGCUUCCGCUACCCUCAUUUAUCGAGAUUGUUUUGAAAACUUUGAGUCAUGAGAUUUUUGAAAGGUCGGUUUCCCACUCGUCUUCUAACUCUGCUUAUUAUGUGCAGCAAACUUCCAAAUCUGUAGGGGCUAAGAAAUGGAAGAAUCGGCCUCCCCCUUCAUCUAGCUCUUCUGCACAUUCGAAGUCAUCAUCCACUGUUCACUGCCAGUUGUGUGACAAUGAUGGACACCUAGCCAAAUGUUGCUAA